CAAAGAAGUUUAUAUAUCCAUCAUUGCAGCAGAAAGUUUCACUCGAUCGAGAAGUAACAGACAACUAGCGGUGCUCAGCCAAGUCAACCAGUAUGUUGAGACGAUUCGGUCUUCUCUGUUUUGUUCUGUUCUUCCAUCACUCGUAUCAAGAUUGUAUCCGUGAUGAAUCCACCACUUUAACAUGCGACCCCCCCUCUGAUGAUGAUAGAGUCCUAUGAACUAAUACUCAUGUGUAGAGUCAAGAACAACUCAAGUUCUUUGCUCAAGUGCUUCGUCAAUGUGACUAUCAACGGCGUCAGUGACCCUCAUGUAGUGACCAGAUCAGAUGUGCUGGACAAGACGUGCACAAACCUGGUUUCUGUUGUCGGUGUCCCACCUGGACAGCUGGAGCUGUCUGUGACUGUCUAUCCCCAGGGCUGUGACAGCAGUCUGUAUGGUGUCACAGAACAUCAGCAAGUUACACUAAAAUCCCCAAAAGUGAAACCGUUGACGUGCCAGAGCGCAGAGUUUCUACUAAGAUCAGAGGUUGUGUGUACCUGUUACCUGAGUGAUGCAGGCUUCCCUCCAGGCUACGCCCAAUGGUAUACAGCAGACGGCAACAAAGCAGGAACACUUAACGUCACAGAUGGUUCAGCCACCUUCAGGCAAAUUUUGGUCGAAGACUUGGUGGUUGAAUGUCGGGCGUUAACCGUUCUUCAAACGAUAACAGUAAAGGAUCCACGAUUGGUCUUUGUCGCAACAAGAGUAUAUGGACCAUUAAUUCUCGAGCUACUUGCACCGAACCCCUACUAUAUUUGCCCAAAUAACCAACAAAGAGCCAGUUUUUAUCGCCCGUCUAGGAUCGAUCACCACUAA